CCGUGAUCGUUAAGCUGCACUUGGACAAGAUCUCAUCAUGUCUUCAUCUGACGAAGGAAAGCUUUUUGUUGGAGGUCUGAGCUUUGAUACCAAUGAGCAGAGUAUGGAAGAUGUAUUUGGUAAAUACGGACAAAUCUCUGAAGUGGUUGUGGUGAAGGAUCGGGAGACAAAAAGAUUGCGUGGUUUUGGCUUUGUCACAUUUGAUAAUGCUGAUGAUGCAAAAGAUGCCAUGGCGGGUAUGAAUGGGAAGACUGUGGAUGGUCGUCAGAUUCGGGUUGAUCAGGCUGGGAAGUCCUCAAAUGACAGAAGAGGAGGCUACAGAGGCGGUUCAUCUGGAGGAGGAAGAGGGUUCUUCCGUGGAGGUAGAGGCCGUGGUGGUGGUGGAGGAUAUGAUGGAAGCAGCCGGUUUGAAGGCGGCAGCCGAAGUGGAGGCUAUGGUGGUGGCGGUGGAUCCCGGGAUUAUUAUGGCAGCAGUGGCAGGAGUCAAAGUUACGGUGAUCGCUCAGGAGGAAGCUCAUACAGAGACGGUUAUGACAGCUACACCUCACACAACGAUUAAAAUGCCUUCCUGACUCAAGAUCGUCCUUCCAAUGGCUAUUUAUAAAGAUUUUUGGAGCUUCGCUGAAUCAAUAUGUACUAUUUUGUUCUAUUUGUCUUCACCUUUCUAUAAACAUAUUUGAUAACUGCCUCAAACCGUG